UUUUAUUUUGUUUCCAUUUCGUCGCUCUCUCCCCUCCCUUCUCCACCGCUGUAUUUCAUACGACACUCUGUGGAGGAAACUGAACCUCUGAAAAGCCGAACCCCACGAGGAAGACGAAGCGGCGAAAAUGGCUUUCAAGCUCAACCCUUUCGUCUCUCAGCCCUACAAGCUCCCUUCCUCCGCUCUUCCGCCAAUCGCGAGCUUCAGAUCUUCCAGGCUCCUCUGGCUCGCUUCCUCUUCUCCGGCUAUCAGCUCCGGCGCCAAGGAAGUAGAGAAUAUCAAGAAGCCGUUUACACCUCCGAGGGAAGUUCACGUUCAGGUCACCCACUCCAUGCCACCCGAAAAGAUCGAGAUCUUUAAAUCUCUGGAGGAUUGGGCCGAGCAGAAUAUUCUGGUUCACCUCAAGACGGUCGAGAAGUCUUGGCAACCCCAGGAUUUUCUGCCGGACCCUGCAUCCGACGGGUUUGAAGAGCAGGUAAGAGAGCUAAGGGAAAGAGCAAAAGAAAUCCCGGAUGACUAUUUCGUUGUCUUGGUUGGAGACAUGAUCACUGAAGAAGCGCUUCCAACCUAUCAAACUAUGUUGAACACUUUGGAUGGAGUAAGGGAUGAAACAGGGGCUAGCCCCACUUCUUGGGCCGUCUGGACAAGGGCGUGGACCGCUGAAGAGAACAGGCAUGGUGAUCUUCUGAACAAGUACCUCUACUUGUCUGGCCGGGUUGACAUGAGGCAGAUUGAGAAGACAAUCCAGUACCUGAUUGGAUCCGGAAUGGAUCCUCGGACAGAAAACAGCCCCUACCUUGGCUUCAUCUACACUUCAUUCCAAGAAAGAGCAACCUUCAUCUCCCAUGGUAACACUGCCCGCCAGGCCAAAGAGCAUGGAGACAUCAAACUCGCACAAAUAUGUGGAACAAUCGCAGCAGACGAGAAGCGUCAUGAAACGGCUUACACCAAGAUCGCCGAGAAACUCUUCGAGAUCGAUCCAGAUGGUACAAUCAUGGCAUUUGCAGACAUGAUGAAAAAGAAAAUCUCAAUGCCAGCCCACUUGAUGUACGAUGGGCGGGACGACAACCUCUUUGAACACUUCUCUGCCGUGGCUCAGAGGCUUGGUGUCUACACAGCCAAAGACUAUGCCGACAUACUGGAAUUCUUGGUCGGAAGGUGGAAGGUUGAGAACCUAACCGGGCUAACAGCUGAAGGGCGCAAGGCACAGGAUUACGUUUGUGGGUUGCCUCCAAGAAUCAGAAGGCUGGAAGAGAGAGCUCGAGCACGAGCCAAGAAAGGACCCAAGAUUCCAUUCAGUUGGAUAUACGAAAGGGAAGUGCAGCUCUAAGACCGGACACAAGUAAAAACCCCUCUUCCAAAGCCACGUCAGAGGUUAAAGGAGGUCUUUCGGGGUCGGUCUUCAGCUGUCUGAUCACAAUGAAUCAGUGAAGAUUACAGCUUUGUUUCUGUCGUGUGAUGGGUCUGAGUUAUGAAGAUGAGGCAGCAGCUGUGUAGUUAGCUUUUCUGUGUUACUGUUGUCUUUUUUGUUCUUGUCAAUGUGAUGUAACCCGUCUUUGUGAGUUUUGUUUCAGUAGUUUUGUCUCAAGAAGUGUAGGCAACUCAUGGCGUUGGCAAUUUUGAUGGAUAAAUAAUUAAAUUGAUGCAUAA